AUCUGAAAGAAGAAACGUGACAUGACUUUUUUACAUCUCUUUAUAUCAACAAUACUAUCAUUAUCGUUUGUCCAUGAUACCAUCAUACUAGCUCAGUCCACCAAUCCUCUACAAAAUAAUCAAAUCUUAUCCUCCAACAUUACAUCAGGUGCUCAACACCAUUUUUACUUUAGUACAAAAGGAAACACUUUGACAGCGAGAAGUUUAGAAAAGACACUAUCUUACUUUAAUAGUUUUGAUGGUCAAGUUAACGAUCUCAGCAUUGGUUUAGGCAUUCUGAACAACAAACGAGCACCAAAUACAAUCAUGGAUAACAGUACCAAUAGUGUUUAUUUAACCCUAACAAGUUGUUCUCAACCUUCUCCACCGUCCAAUUACCAAGGUGACAUUCCCAGUAUUGAUCUUUAUUUAUCUAAAGCGAGCAGCAAUACCCUUCCUGGACCCACCAACAAUCAAAAUAAUGAUACUGUAGACGAUACCAAACCCGGUCGAAUCAGUUGGCAAGGUGAUCAUAUCUCGGAUCUAUGGAUUGGUGUGGUAGCUCCUACUUUAACAACUGGUUGGACUGGACAAUGGACAUACGAAUUAGGUAUAUCCACUAACCAGUGGAUGCAUCCUCUUCAUGGUGACAAUGAUUCAUUGACAUUGGACGAUACAGACAAUACACAUGCAUUAUUUCUUUCACCACCUUAUUCUACACAACAGCAACCAAAACCAAACUUUACAGCUCUGGUAACACAAAAUAUGCCCAAGGAACUAGAAUAUUCGUAUUGUGCGGCAAAAUCGUACCAGGUAUCAGGUUAUUCUAUCAACGUCACUGAAACUCAACGAGGUCAUCCUGGGCAACAAAAUGGUAUUCCUCUUACACAACAACAAAUCAUGAUAUCCAACUUAACUUUAGGCCAAAAUUAUACAGUAUACAUGGUAGAACAACAGCAAUUACCUAUUUCAUCACCAACGACACCGGCUACUACCAUUAUUGGGACUGCAACACCUUUAAAAAUAUAUACCAAGUCAAAUGCCAAUUGUCGUAUGAUGUACAACCUUGAUUUUUGCAGUGAUGUGGCAUAUAGUGUACCUACAGAUCCAACACAUGAUAUAUGGAAUAUUACUUAUUCUUAUGAUCAACAAGCACAGGCAUUAUUCGAACCUUUUGCAACAGCAUUAUCACAAUUCAACUGCAACAAUACUCAGUACUCAUUAGUCCGAAAUUGUGAUGAUUGUUAUCGCGACUACAAACGAUGGCUCUGUGCAGUCACCAUCCCAAGGUGUACCGACAAUAGCACUUCAAUAUCAAGUACAAUCUCGACACGCGAUGUUGCUAAUGGAAGUUCGAGAAACCCAUGGAUUGAUUCAGCUUACCAACCUGGUGAAUGGACAGAAUUACUCCCAUGUAUUGAUGUAUGUUAUCAAGUUGUGCAAAGUUGUCCUCCUUUUCUACAAUUCAAUUGUCCUGAAGAUGAUCUUGCUCGACAACAAUAUGGUUAUUGGAAAGUCAAUGGAUCUCUUGGAAUAAAUCGACCCACUUGUAAUCGACUGAAUAUGAAUGUAUCCUUGUUAGUGAUCUCUCAUGGCAUCCGAUUAUCUUUAUCUUCUUCAUUAUUGAUUUCAUUGUUUAUUUUUUAUAUUAUAUUUUAUUCAUUAUAGCUAGUUUACAUGUAGUUC